GAGCUCUUUCGGGGAGGUGAUGCGGAUGUCGAGUGCCGAACUACAGUUUCAAUGCUGGAGCUGCGUCAAAUCUGACGAUUCUCGAGCCUAUUCCUCCAGGAUGAAUGAGAACAGGUAACGAGUACAUAACCAGCGAUGCCUUCUCUCCAAUACAGUCGAACCAAGCACAUCCUCUGGCAUCACUUCCCCAACACAUUCAUUACAUCUCGUUCAUACCAUUCAUUCUCAUAUUUGUUUGCUGGUCAUACACUUUCUUUAACAACAUCAUCAUGAGUCCUUCACUUACUGAGCUUUUCGUCGCCACUCUGGCACUGGCUACCACUGUUACCGGCGCUCCCACCGGCACCGACUUACCCAGGGGCAACCGCUACUCUAUCGCUCAGGUCAAGAACACCAAGUAUACCAAGAGCGGUCCUUUGGCUCUCGCUAAAGUAUAUCGAAAAUACGGUGUUCGUCUUCCCACGGAUCUCGCUGCUGCUGUCACCAAGGUCAAGGCGGCCAACACUCGCCGCGACGAGGGGAAUGUGACCACAACUCCCACCGACAACGAUAGUGAGUGGUUGACUCCUGUCAGCAUUGGGACUCCGCCUCAGGUUCUUAACCUGGAUUUCGAUACUGGAUCCUCGGACCUCUGGGUCUUCAGCUCCUUGACCACUGCGAAUGAGGUUACUGGCCAAACCAAGUACGACCCGUCCAAGAGCAGCACAUCGAAGAACCUGGCUGGCGCUACAUGGUCUAUUACUUAUGGUGAUAAGAGCUCCUCUUCCGGAACCGUCUAUCUCGAUAAGGUCAACGUGGGAGGCCUUACUGUUAGCGCCCAAGCUGUCGAGGCUGCGAAGACUGUUUCCGACACCUUCACUUCUGAAUCGGAUCUCGAUGGCCUCCUCGGACUAGCCUUUAGCUCAAUCAACACUGUUCAGCCAACCAAGCAAAAAACGUUCUUUGAUAGCGCUAUGCCCGACCUUGAGUCGAAGGUAUUUACCGCAGACCUGAAACAAGAUGCCCCCGGAAACUACAACUUUGGCUUUAUUGAUAAGUCUGCUUUUACUGGAGACAUCACCUACACGCCCGUCGACUCGUCCCAGGGAUUUUGGGAAUUCACGUCCACUGGCUAUGCAGUAGGCGAUGCAACAUUCUCUCAGACGUCUCUCGAUGGCAUCGCCGAUACUGGCACUACACUCCUUUUGCUCCCUAGCGCUGUCAACAAGGCCUACUACGCUCAAGUUCAAGGUUCCAAGCUUGACAGCACCGCGGGUGGCUAUGUUUUUCCAUGUGACACUGAGGUCCCGACCUUCACCUUUGGCGUUAGCGAUGCUAAGUUUACCAUCCCCGCCAAGUUCAUGAACUAUGCUCCUCUGGGUGACGGAUCCAACAACUGCUUUGGCGGACUUCAGCCUAGUGAGGAUAUUGGUAUCAACAUUUUUGGCGACAUUGCCCUCAAGGCAGGGUUUGUAGUGUUUGACGGUGGCAACACCCAGCUAGGAUGGGCCACGAAGUCGUUGUAAAAUUUCUGUGGCUUGAAAUUUGUAUAUUAUGUCAAGUAUUUACUAGAGUUUGUUUGACCCGGUUUCGGGCAGGUUUGGUACAUAAAUCUUCUAGCAUCAAAACUAUAACCGGUAGACAAUUGCACUGUUAUGUACAA